AUGCACGUUGUGCUCGCCAGUACCAUACCUAAGACCGCUGCCGCCACGGCGACACCCUGGGUCCCCCCUAUACAUGGAGUCCGCGACGUCCUUGAUGACUCGGACGACGACAUUGACGACAACCACCCCAUCCACCAAGUAGGGGACACGGACGAUGACGCCGACGACGAGGAUGGGGCGAACGGCUGCAGCCGCGACGACUCUAACGAUAGCGUUGCAUGCGCAGAUCCACCUACCCUACCUGACAAUCAGAGGAAGGGAGGACGCCCGACCCGCAAGGGACAACGGUCGACGUCCCCGCGGGCCGGCGCGGCCGGUCCUCCCGUCGAUCUGGCGAGAGAGCAGCGGGGCGAGGAGGGGGCCACGCGGAAGAAAGCGUCCAGGGGCGCGUCGGGGGAUCCACUGGAUGUAGAUUCGGUAGGACCGGAGCAGCCGGCGCCUAAGGGCAAGAAGAAGGCAUCCGUCAAGACUAGGAAUGCCUGUGGGAAGAAGGUGUCCGAGCCCGUGUCCGAGUCCGAGUCCGAGUCAGAAUCCGACACCACCCAUACGCUGCGGUCGGCCCGGAGGAAGGUGCCUCCUGAGCAGAGGAAGAAGCUUACCGAAAUGUCGAAGUCGACAUGCUCUGACCAGAUCAAGGAGCGCGACGCCGCCUUCGCUGCCCACAACGAGGUGUCUAAGAAGAGGAAAUCUAACAUCGGUGUACUCGAAUUGCCCGCCCGCGUUGACGCGAAGGAGGCUAAGCUGCUGAAGAGGAAGAAGGGGGAGGCGAAGAGCGCAGCGGUUGCGGCCCGGAAGGCCCGCACAACGAAGGAGACGCCUGCCCUAACUGCGGCCCUUCGCUACAAUGACAAGAACGUCAAGGCGCCCUUCGGCACGAAAAAGCCAGCCGCAACACUCGACCCAUCUGCGGCGAAGAGCAAGAAACGUUUGAACAAGGCGCUCCCCGGAACGAAGAAGUCAGCCGAGAGGGCCGCCCCCGCCGCAGCGAACCUGGACCCAAGCAAGAAUGAUCAGCUGUAG